AUGGAGGAAGCUCCUAGAAAUGACGACAACCUCAUCCAAUAUGUUUGUCGAUCGCUCGAAGAGGAAGAGGAGUUUCACUUCCUCCGGUUCGAGUUUCUUCAGCGCCUCAACAUUACACAGUACACGGUCAAGUUGUCGCAAAUGAAAAGUCGGAUUCAGCGAGACGGCAAAGUCGAGCAGGAUCAGUUGGACGACUUGAGCGAGACGCUCGGAAAUUAUGCAACUGCGGUUCGCAACUACGAAGAACUACGGCAGCACAAGGCUCUAGACAAAGCACAGACUCGAACUCGAAAGCUCCUUCUGCAGCGCUUCUUCCAGUCUUCUGAUGACUACGGCGACCCAUUCCAAUCCCACUACUGCUGGUUCAAAGAAUCUCAGGAACGGAUCGAUCCCCUCCGAAGAAUGUUCAUGAGCAAACUUCCCCCUCGCCUCGCCUUCUCCACACACGAGAAGGAGGAACGAAAAAAGGAGUACACGGAAGGCCAAAAACCAAAGGAGGUCUCCGGCGCUGUGGACCGCGUCGUCCGUCUCAUCAUCGCCCUGAUAGGGGGGACCUUCUUGGUUGCACCAAUGCUUAUCAUGAGCAUUAAGCCUUCGCAGAACAAGAGUCUCAUAACGGUGUCGUCCGCUGUGCUUAUCUUUGCGUUCGCUGUGUCUCUCGUGGUUAGGGUGUCCAAUAUCGAGACGCUGGUCUCUACAGCCACAUAUGCCGCAGUGUUGGUGGUAUUUGUCGGUACCACGACUGCAUAG